GUUCACGAACGACCAAUCGUCAUUACUGCGCAGUCCCACAGGGCCGGAGAGGGUGGUGUGAGUCCGUUAGGUAACCAGGGAGUCAAUUUGACACUUUUAGUAAAGCAAAUGUUUUGAGACGUUCGUUUUCUGUUAAUUACACCAACAAAAAGAUAUGGGCAACCGUGUCGCUCGUGAGGAUUACGAAUGGGUUUAUACAGAUCAGCCACAUGCCGACAGGAGGAAAGAAAUUUUGGCAAAGUACCCAGAAAUAAAGACACUAAUGGGGCCUGAUCCCAGGCUGAAGUGGAUUGUUUGCAUGAUGGUAAUCAUCCAGUUCAUAGCAUUCUACCUGGUCAAAGACCUAGACUGGAAAUGGGUCCUGUUCUGGACUUAUGCCUUUGGCAGCUGCAUCAACCACUCUAUGACCCUGGCCAUCCAUGAGAUUUCCCACAACACAGCAUUUGGCAACAACAGGGCCAUGUGGAACCGCUGGUUCGCCAUGUUUGCCAACCUGCCCAUUGGGCUGCCGUAUUCGGCCUCCUUUAAGCGCUACCACCUGGACCACCACCGCUACCUGGGAGGAGACGGUAUAGACGUAGACAUCCCAUCUGAUUUUGAGGGCUGGUUCUUCUGCACACGCUUCCGCAAAUUUGUCUGGAUCAUCCUCCAGCCUCUGUUCUACGCCAUCCGCCCUCUCUGCAUCAACCCCAAGCCCAUCACCGGCCUGGAGCUGGCCAACGUGGCCGUGCAGCUGUCCUUCAAUGUGGCCCUCUACUGGCUGUGUGGAGCCAAGCCUGUGGUCUACAUGAUGGCGGGCUCCUUGCUGGGAAUGGGCCUGCACCCCAUCUCUGGACACUUUAUCGCCGAGCACUACAUGUUUCUCAAGGGCCAUGAGACCUACUCCUACUAUGGCUCCCUCAACCUGCUCACCUUCAAUGUGGGCUACCACAACGAGCACCACGACUUCCCCAGCAUCCCAGGACGUAGGCUACCUAUGGUGAAGAAAAUAGCAUCAGAGUACUAUGAUGACCUGCCCCACUACACAUCGUGGGUGAAGGUCCUGUAUGACUUCAUUAUGGACGACCAGCUCAGCCCCUAUUCUCGUGUGAAGAGGAGGCUGAAGGGAGAUGUCAAGCAGGAAUAAAUCCUUCCCGCUCUCCUACUCUCGAACAAAACGACACUGACGCACCUGACACCAGCCCCAACUCGCCACCAAGACUUUUUACAGCUUUUGCAUAUUAAUACACAUUUGCACUGAAUGUGAAGAGAAUGUGUGGACAGGACAUGUGCGACAUGUAUGUAAAACUUUGUUCAAAGUCAGUCCUUACAAACAAAAUAAUUUGUUCAACUAGAAAUUACACACAAUUACAGUUGUCAUUUCACCUAUUUCUUUGCACUUGUGGUCAUUUUAGAAACUUGUAAUGCGGACAAUUUUUUCCAGUCAAAUUUUAUUCCAGAAUUAAUUUAUAUGUAUAAUUGACAUCUUUAGAUUUGGGUUUUGCACUGGUUUCUGCAUGUGUUGAAUAUAUUAGAUCCUGUUUUUUAUAGUUUAUUAUAUGAUCACUCCGGUUUUAUUUCGUCUCUUGAAAGAGUCUGUAUAGCAAUAUACAGUUACCCAUUUCAAUGCUACUGAUCUGCAUUUGCUGUGGAUAGUUUGUUCUCUCCUCACUCAAUCGUAAAAUGUCCCUUUCAUUCCAUGUAGACGGCACUUAGCACAUGACUGUGUGUGUGGACAUAUUGUCUUAUGUUCUGAGCUUUAGUUUAGCUCAUUUUGAUCCAAGUGCCAUUUUGUAUUGUGCUUUUGCCAACACCUCAGUCCAAUAUCUGAUCCACAUAGCCUGAAGCACCAAGUUCAUUUGCUCUUCUCUAAAUGUCGUUUUUGAUACAAUGGGGAGAAAGAUGGUUCAUAGCAAGGUUAGGUAAGACGAGGGCCGGGAUUCAAUCGAUCGUGGGUUGGAGACAAUGCAGAUUUGAAUCUCAGCCAAGGUCAAACGCUGUCUUUGUUUUGUUUAGUUGAGCUUUAACGGAAAGACCAAAUGCGGCCUUAAAUGUGUAAAUUACUGUGAUGGAGAAGAAUCAUUCAUAUUUUGUCUGAUAAGCUUGUAUACGCUCCAAACAUCAACUUUUCCGGACUUAUUUUACAGGUUCCCCUUCUAUAAUUAAUACUCAAUCUUAGAAAUAUAAUGCGUGUUAAAGCUAAUUUAGAUUUUAGACUAGUGAAGUCUUUUGACAAUAGCUAUAUUGAGUUUCUUAUGGAAACUCAAUCGAAGGCCAAAUUUAUUUAAACCAAAUGUCCUUUUGUUCAUAUACUGUAUGCUUUCAUAUUUUUUUUACACUUUCACUUCAUUCUGAAAGUCUGAUUAUUUCCAGUUGUGACCUUUAACAUUUUUCAAAGCAGUAUGCAAUGCCGUAAGUAGUCUAAUUUAAUGUGAGAGAAAACAAAAUGGCUUUCUUUAGCAGUGAUUGACCUCAAGAACAGAGCAAUGCCCCCUUAGUCAUAAAGUCUGAAAGCCACUCAAAUGUUUAACUUUAAAGUAGCUACCAAUGAGGGAGUGAAACCCGAUUGAUGCAUCACAUUAUAUAAACCAUAAUGUGGAUGAAUAUUGUCCAAAGUAGAAUGGAAGCUUGCUGACAGCGGUGCUGAAUCCCAAAUUAACCCUUAACCCUAGACACUCCAUGUAGAUCUGGAAUGAACCUUAGCAGUAUGGUAAUAGAUCCAUCUUGCCAUCUGAUUGGCUUGGAGGGAGAUUUGCAUUAUUGAGUAGACUUAGGGCUGGAUUCAAUCUGUACCGCAGAACUAAUAUGGAAGAUAUAUCUUUAAAGGCCAUGUUCCCGCGUUGGCAGAGACUGCAUUCAUGGUAGACGCCUCAUAUGUCGGCUCAAUCGUAAAUUACCUUUACAUAUUUAACGCAGAUCUUCCACUAUACGGAUUGAAUCCACCCCCUAUACUUAUCUAAAAUAGAUGUGGCUAGGGGUUGAUUUGGGAUUCAAUGGCUUCUAAAACAGUGUAAAGGAGCUGUUUGUUACAUCUACAUCUGUAUUAAACACAAGCUGAACUCAUGCUGGAUAGCACCUCAUGAGGCCAUUUCACAGUUGGGCUUAUUGGAUUAAGGGUGAAAGAAUUAUAUAAAGUAGUCUAUCUUCUUAAAUCAAGCAUAUUCUUUAAUGUAGAAUACUCCUCAGCGCUAUGGGAAGGGAGGAGUCAUGAUUCCACCCUCAUUAUGUAACACAUGCCUUUUGCAUUAUUGAGUUUUGUCUGAUUGUCAUCCUUUUUGCUGGGCAGCCAUAAGGUCCGCAACGUUGGUAAUAAAAUGUUUGCAUCUGAGCUCCUA